GACAAUUUCAUGGGAUCGACCUUUGUGCGCAGCCCGGCGGUCGAGCUCGCUGAAGAGGGCAACGAAUACGUCGUCGAGGCUGAGCUUCCUGGAGUUCGAAAGGAGGACCUUGAGGUUAGUGUUGGAGAGGGUGGAAAAUCUCUCACGAUCGAAGGCAAG